AUGCCAGAGGGAGCUGAUGACUUGACAGUUCAGCGCCAUAGCCGUGCUUACAUUCUCACUCUCAUGGGAUCUAUUCUGUUCGCCGACAAGAGUGGCGAUGCUGUCUAUGUCGAGGAUGUCAGCGAGAUUCAAGAUAGAUUGGAGGCCCGCUCAUCCUACUACAGUUGUGGUCGUGGGAGCAUAUUACUAUUUGCCGACCAUAUUAGGAGGCCUCGAGAUCCGCCACAGGAGGACCCUGAGGCUGAGGAUGAGGAUGACAUUUUGGGGACUCAGCAUCAGCGAGGUGUUGACCCUUUGGCGUGCAGGUGGUUACGUGUCCAUCUAUCGUGUGCGCAUACUGCUUCUGGACUACCAUACUACAGAGAUGCGUUUGACCAUCAGCGCGAGGACCAGAUGAUUUGGCAGCCAUAUACUGAGGCGGUGAUGGAUCGACUUCCGGAGAUUUGUCGCUCAGACAUGCACAUUUGGCGUUCACGGGCACCUCUGAUAUGCUUUGACGUCGUUGAGUUCCACCUCCCAGACCGAGUCCUUCGUCAGUUUGGUUAG